AUGGGGCGGGCGCUCCCCCCGGCUCAGCUGCCCGCGGCGCAGCUCCGCUUCCAGGGCUCCGGGGCGGCCGGGCCCCGGCUGCGGCUGCGGCAGGAGGAGGGCGGAGACGUGGGGGACCGCAGCGAGGCCGCGCCCGCGCCCGCGCCGUCACGCCCUGCCCCGCUCCGUGCGGGCCUUGCUGGAGAGCGGCAAGCACGGGCUGGCGGCUGCCCGGGCGCAGGGGGGGGGAGCGGGGCGUCCGGGCGGGCGGCGGGGCCCGGCGAUGGCGUGGGGAACCCGCUGGAUACGGGCGGCUCCGGGGCACCUUGGCGUCCCGCUGCAGGCGGCGGUCGCGGCAGUUCGGGUAGUUCAGCCCCACGCGGAUCGCCUUCUCGGGCUCCUCGAUGGGCGCCGACGGCCGCGCUCCCGCCCGGGGCAAACGGUGCCGGCCCGAGGCCGGCGCUGUGCGGGGCGGGGCUGAGCGCGGGGCGAUCAGCUUCUGCUGCUGCUGCUCGGCCGGCUUCUCGGCCGCUGGCUCGCGUUCAGCCGAGCGUUGGCCUGCAGCUCCGGAUCCUUUUCCUCCACGCGGCCUUCCGGCCGCUCUGCCCCAAGCCCGCAGCGAUGCCUGGGGUCGUUGUGACCAAAGUGCGGGACCCGGCGUGUGGUGGUGUUGAACCUCGUGCCGUUGGCAUCAGCCGUCGAUCGGCCUGACCGGAGCCCUCUGCAGGGUCUUGGAAUCCUUAGGCAGAUUAUAGGAGGAUGCCGUAGCUGAGGGACGAUGGGAGGCAGGGAGGGGAGCAUCCUGCCGUGCCACCGGCAGCCCGGGGACCACGUGCUGUGGGUGCCGGCACAGAGCUCCUCCAUCCGUCAGCACGGGAGCUGCGGUUCUGGCUGCAGCGGCAGGAACUCAGCGCAGCCCUGCAGAGAGCGGUCCGGCAGCACGAGAAGAUGACGGCCAUGGAGUGCGAGAGCCUCAGCAGCGUCUGCAGCCCGCGAGGAGCUGAGCUGGGCUGGGGAGAGGAAGCUGUGGGAGUCCUGGGGAGGGACGCAGAAUAGCAGCGUGAGUGGCAGGAUCAGCUGCUUCCUCCUGACACCGUUUCCUUUGAGAAGCCAGUGCAGAAGCCAGUCCGCAUUGUCACAUCUGUGGGGUUGCACAGAACGCACAGGCAGGGGCAGAUGAUGAGACGGAUGGCCAGACCCCCCAGAUUCACAUGAGCACCCACUGGACACCCCAGGACUCCUCUGGGACAUCCCCAGACCCUUCUGGAUGACUUCAGGACCACUCAGACCCACAUGAGAACUCCCUGGACCCUAUCAGACCCUGCUGGGACAUUUCCAGAUCAGCCCAGGGACUCCUCAGAGCUCUUGGGCCCACAGUGGGAACUUCCAGAU